AACGUCUUCCCCUUCUUCCUCCAUUGCAGGUUGGCUAACAUGUCGACAGGUGUUGAACAUCAUGGUCAUAUUCGGCUUCAUGCUGAACUAUGCCCUGCGGGUCAACUUCACCAUCGCCAUUGUGGUGAUGGCAAAGACACUGAAGAAUCUCACUACCGGCGGCGACAUGACUGGAGGCUUCGACAAUGAAACCUCGACGGCUUUGGCCAGCGUGUCCACGACGACCGAGCAGAGCGUCAUCAGCGAGGCAGACAAGUUCGAGUGGGACGCCUACCAGCAGAACCUGAUGCUGGGAAGCUUCUUCUGGGGAUACGUGCUGACGGAGCUGCCCGGUGGCCGCCUGGCGGAGAUCAUCGGAGGACGCCGUGUCUUCGGCUAUAGCAUGCUUUUCGCUAGUGUAUUGACUUUGCUUACCCCUAUUGCUGCUUACACCCAUUAUAUUGCGGUUGUUAUAUUACGAGCUGUUCUAGGCUUUUUCCUGGGAGCGUCCUGGCCGGCAAUUCAUCCGUUGACCGCUGUCUGGAUUCCACCCAUGGAUCGGUCCAAGUUCAUCGCCAACAUGAUGGCUUCGUCACUUGGUGCCGCCAUUACGAUGCCAAUCUGUGGUUAUCUGAUUGCUACCAUCGGAUGGCAGUCAGUGUUCUACUUCACCGGCGGGCUGGCCCUGCUGUGGUCGGUUAUGUGGUUCUUUGUUGUGUUCGAGACACCGGCCGACCAUCCACGUAUUUCUGCGGAGGAGCGUAACGAAAUCGAGAGCGCAAUUGGUGCUAGCGUUAAGGCAAAGAAACCUACGUACGUUCCAUGGAAGUCCAUUCUGACGUCGCCACCUGUUUGGGCUAUCAUUUUGACCCACGGUGCUUCCGUGUUCGGUUUCUUCACGGUUGUUAACCAGCUGCCAACUUACAUGAAAUACAUCUUGAACUUUAACAUUAAGGAGAACGGUCUAUUGUCCUCGUUGCCGUACUUUGGAAAGUACGCCAUGGCUGUGAUUUCUUCCCAUUUAGCUGACCAUUUACGUAAGAACGGAACAUUGUCGACUACGGCUACUCGCAAGAUUUUCACUGCCUUCGCUGUCAUGACGCCCGGAUUCCUGAUGAUUGUCCAAGUGUACAUGGGUGAAACGCGUAGCUGGGCCGUCGGUAUUUUCACGUUGGCUUUGUUCCUGAACGGUGCCGUUACCGCUGGAUAUCUGGGCAACGGUUUGGACAUUGCACCGAACUUCUCCGGCACGAUCUUCGGUAUGGCCAACACUCUGUCUUCGUUCGGAGGUUUCGUUUCGGCGUACAUGGUCGGCGUUCUGACAAAUGAUAACCAAACCUACGGCCAGUGGCAGAUCGUGUUCUGGAUCUUGGCUGUCAUCUACAUCGUCGGUUCCACAGCUUACCUCAUCAUGGGCACCGGUGAACUGCAGCCAUGGAACAACCCACCGGAGAGGGGCAUCAACAACCGUGAGACUGAAGAAGGUGUUCCGCUGAAUCAGCAAGACCAAAACAACAAACCAAUCUCAUCGUCGACCUAAGGACAAGUCUGGAGGCAUACUUAACCCCACACUGCUGUAGAUUGGCAGGCAGCUGGGUACGGUACAGCAGAGCACAUCAAAUAACUGAGCUUGAGGUCAGCGCGAAUUGUGCCCCGGAAUCGAUGCUUCCCAGAAGUAGAUACUUAUUUGAGUUUCACUCAGAAUCACAACCGCAUCUGCCGUGUAGACGGUAGUGCAGGAUGUAAAUUUUAACUUGUUUAUUUUUAAAUGCAACAUAAAUGAAUGUUAGUUUUUAAUACUUUGAAUGAGUGUUUCCUGUUACUUUAACGGAGUACUACUUACAGUAGAUUUCAGAAUGAGAGUGGAUCUCGCGAUUUGCUUUAGCAUUUAAUAAUUUAUUUUCUUAAAAGGGAAUUGUGACGAAAAGCAAAUCAGUGGUAAUAGUAUUUGAAUAUCGCAAGUUGAGUUUAUGAUGCUGAAUCCUCAGAUGUAAAAGUUUAAUUCAAUUACCGAACCGUUGUUUCAGUUGUAAUAAAUCAAUUAGAAACUCUGAACAAGAAAGUGAUUUAAUUCAAAGUGUGUGCUAAUAAUCUCUCCUGAAAGUAAAUGUGUUGUCCAGAUUUCAAUUGAUACGUCGCUAAAGUUUUCAUGUUUUAGUGAAAAUUGUCGGUAAUUUGCAUUCUGUGGAACUGAUAGUAGUAUUCAAUUGUUAGCUGUAUUCGCACUAUUUGCCAAAAACAAACAUCAGCACAUUCUCUUCUAAUGAAUAAAUCAUAAAUGUGCCUUCCCGCCAAAACGGUAUAAGACAGCAGAAUACAAGCCAAGUGUACUUUGGAACCGUAUACAUGUUUACAAUUAGGAUAAGAUCAAAUGUGUCGUAUAUACUCUGAGACAAAUAGACGAACGAUAGAAAAUAGCCAAUUUUCAACAAUUUAGGGUAUUUUUAUUUACAAUUUUCUAUUAGACCAGAAUAAGAAAAUAUAAAAUAGAUUUUUAAAUAAGCGAUUUUAGUGAAAUGCAAAUAAACGUUAGAGUAAAA